CCCCUCUUCCCUCGUUGGUCUUCUCCGUCGCGGCAUAAAAAUGGCCAAGAAGUGCCGGAAGCGCCGGCCCAGCUCCUCUUCCUCACUUCAUCUCGACCCCGUCAGGCGGCAGCAAUGGCGGAAGAGGGGAACAGCUCGGGCGGGCGCGGCGUCCGGGUGUGCGUCACCGGUGGCGCCGGGUUCAUCGGCUCAUGGCUCGUCAGAAAGCUGCUCGAGGCAGGGUACACCGUCCACGCCACCCUGCGGAGCAUCAGGGACGAGGGGAAAGCGGGGCUGCUGCGGCGGCUCGUCCCCGGCGCCGCGCCGCCGGAGCGGCUGGUGCUGUUCGAGGCCGACCUCUACGACGCCGCCAGCUUCGCGCCGGCCAUCGCCGGCUGCCAGUUCGUCUUCCUCGUCGCCACCCUCUUCGCGCACGAGGCCGCCGCAUCCAAGUACAAGACGUCGGCGGAAGCCGCCGUGGACGCGGUGCGCGUCAUCCUCCGGCUAUGCGCGGAAUCUAAGACGGUGAAGCGCGUCAUCCACACUGCAUCGGUGUCGGCCGCUUCGCCGCUGACAAAGUCCUCCACCGCCGCCUCUGCGGUGUACAGGGAUUUCAUCUCUGAAUCUUGUUGGACUGCUCUGGACGUCGAUUACCCUCUCCGUAACACGCACUUCGAUAAGUACAUAGAGUCAAAGGUCCUGUCAGAGAAGGAGCUCCUCAGGUACAACGAUGGCGAGAGCCCGGCGUUUGAGGUGGUCACAAUUCCCUUGGGCCUCGUCGCGGGGGACACAAUCCUCAGCCGCCUCCCGGAAACAAUUCAGAGUGCGGUGGCACCGGUGACCAAGCAAGAGCCCUACUUCAUGCUACCGAGGAUUGCACAGAGGCUGUUGGGCUCAGUGUCACUAGUGCACGUCGACGAUGCCUGCGCCGCGCUUGUCUUCUGCAUGGAGCAGCCAUCCAUCGCUGGCCGGUUCCUCUGCUCCGCCGCCUACCCGACAAUCCAUGACAUCCUGGACCACUACGGCAGCAAGUACCCCCAUCUAGAUCUCCUCAGAGAGGCUGAUGAGGUAGCGAGGGUGCAACCUGAGAGCAACAAGCUUGGGGAGCUGGGCUUCAGGUACAAGUAUGGGGUGGAGGAGAUUCUAGACGAAAGCAUCGAGUGUGCUGUGAGGCUGGGCUCCCUGGAUACAUCCAAGCUUAUCGUGCAGCAGGAGUGAUGAACGCAAUGGUGUGCAGGGCAAGUGAUCAUAGUAUGUUCUUUACUUGUUCAUCAUUUUACAGUAACACAUGUACCAAAAGAAGUAAAACGACACAUAAAUAAUAGCAUGUACCAAAAGACACACAAAGGAAGUAAAACGACAUUUUAUAGUA